AAAAAGGCGAAGCCGAUUUUUGCCGAUCAGAUUGAAGAAUGUCAACUACCGCUCAUAAUCCUGAAAAUGAUAUAGUUGAUGAAAAACAUAACUUUGUUGUGCCAAAAAAAGCUAUCAAAACACCAGAAGAUAUUUCUCUUUGGCUAAAAUCUGAAGCCUAUCAUGAAUAUCUCGGUUUUAUUCUUGCGUUAAAUGAUGCAGUUCAAGGAAAAGCAUCGAAUGCAGAAUGCCCUCAAUCUGAAAUCGUACAAAAAACUAUUCUUAUGUUGGAUAAAUUUAAUCAAUGGAUAACAGAAAUUCCUCCAACCGAACAACCCCAACGAUUUGGUAACAAGUCAUUUCGAGAGUGGUUUAAAAGACUUCAAGAUAAUAGUGAAGAAGAGUUGAAGCAAGUAUUACCUGAUAAAUUACAUGGGUCACUAGUUGAAUUAGUUCAUUACUUAUGCGAAGGCUUUGGCAAUGCUACUCGAAUUGACUAUGGGACAGGUCAUGAAAUGGCUUUCAUCAUGUUUUUGUGUUGCAUGUUCAAAAUUGGAGCGUAUAAAACUGCUGACAAAAUAGCAGUUGUUAACAAAGUAUUUGAUAAAUAUUUAGAAAUAGUACGACGUCUUCAACUGGUUUAUCGAAUGGAACCAGCAGGAAGUCAUGGUGUGUGGAGUUUAGACGAUUACCAAUUUGUUCCUUUUAUUUGGGGAAGUGCUCAAUUAAUAGGACAUCCUCGUAUUGAACCAAGACAUUUCGUUGAUAUGGGAAUUGUUGAAUCAUUUAACAAGCAAUAUAUGUUUUUAGGAUGCAUAGAUUUCAUUGCUAAGGUAAAAGUUGGUCCAUUUGCUGAACACUCUAAUCAACUUUGGAAUGUCAGUGCUGUUCCUUCAUGGUCGAAAGUAAACGCUGGAUUAAUUAGAAUGUAUAAAGCAGAAGUUUUAGCAAAGUUUCCAGUCAUUCAACAUGUAUUAUUUGGAUCAUUAUUUACAUUAAAACCAGCUCCACCCGGACCAAAUUUCAGUAAAGUUAAAUUUCCCCAUCCUCCUGCACCAGCAAAAACAUAAUUUUUAUUUAUAUAAUCAAUGUCUAAUUUAUUAUUAAAAGAAUAAAGAAAUAAUAUUAUUUUAGAUAAUAUCAAA